AUGACGUUGGGGUCAAGGCGGGGCUUCCUCUCGUUCCUCGCCCGGCUGCGGCCGCCUCGGCGGUGGCUCUACAUCUCCAAAAGGGGCCCUCCGACUUCUCACUGGGCCAGUCCGUUGCUGGGUGGCGGAGCCCUACACUGCUCCCGCUGGUCUCAGAGCGGGGCUCCCUUCUCUUCAGAGUUUCGAGCAACUUUCCCCGCCUCUGGAGCUAAAGUAGCUCGGGGACCGUGGCCGCCGCAGGUGGGAGAGCCCCGGGCCCGGCUCUCUGCAUCUCCGCUGUGCGCUCGCGCUGGGCAAGCCCUGGGUGCGAGCACCCUGGGGGUCCCCUGCCUCGGCUCUGUGGGCGAGAUGCCUCUGGGACACAUCAUGAGGCUGGAUCUGGAGAAGAUCGCCCUGGAGUACAUCGUGCCCUGUCUGCACGAGGUCGGCUUCUGCUACCUGGACAACUUCCUAGGCGAAGUGGUGGGCGACUGCGUGCUGGAGCGAGUCAAGCAGCUGCACUACAACGGGGCCCUGCGUGACGGCCAGCUGGCGGGGCCGCGCGCCGGCGUCUCCAAGCGGCACCUGCGAGGCGACCAGAUCACGUGGAUCGGGGGCAACGAGGAGGGCUGCGAGGCCAUCAACUUCCUUCUGUCCCUCAUCGACAGGCUGGUCCUGUACUGCGGGAGCCGGCUGGGCAAAUACUAUGUCAAGGAGCGGUCCAAGGCAAUGGUGGCUUGUUAUCCAGGAAAUGGAACAGGUUAUGUACGCCAUGUGGACAACCCCAAUGGUGAUGGCCGCUGUAUCACCUGUAUCUACUACCUGAAUAAGAAUUGGGAUGCCAAGUUACACGGAGGGGUCCUGCGGAUAUUCCCAGAAGGAAAAUCAUUUGUAGCAGAUGUGGAGCCCAUUUUUGAUAGACUCCUGUUCUUUUGGUCAGACCGCAGGAAUCCACACGAAGUUCAGCCCUCCUAUGCCACCAGGUACGCUAUGACUGUCUGGUACUUCGAUGCUGAAGAAAGGGCAGAAGCCAAAAAGAAAUUCAGGAAUUUAACUAGAAAAACUGAAUCUGCUCUUGCUAAAGACUGACUGUGGUGUGCAAUCCGCUGGCCACAUUCAUUUAGUAACACUUCCUGAAAUGUUAAGUGUCAAGAUCCAAAGAGUCUGUACAAUACCCCUACUGCCUGCAUCGUUCAGCUCCCCACCUUGUUUGUGGUACUUCAUGUUUUCUUGCCGGGACUGCGUUGACCUUCAGACACUCUCUUUGCCAGAUGAACUCAUUUGCUAACGCCAGGAAUACCUGCAGACAUCCUAGCUGGCCAGCGGUUUAACGGAUAGACUUGGGAAUAUGGCUGUUGAGCCCAGGAUUGCCUCUUCUUCGCACUUUACGUCCUGAUUUGAAAGGAGGAGGUUUGCAAAGAAAUAAAUUGCUGACAGAUGCCACGAAGAGGCACCCUCAAAACCUUAACAGCAAGAAAGAGAAAUAUCUGAACGAUUUCCAGAUGUUGUUAACCAGAGACUGGACAAUUAAAAUGACCUAAUGACAUUAUCACCUCUAGAAAGGGCUGCUGCAUAGUGAUUGGUUUAUAAGCGUCCCGAGGUGGAUGCUCCUUUUUCCUGGUCCUACAACCUGUUCUUCCUGAAGGUCAUUGCUAGACCAAUGGCUCUCUUGUGGAAGGUGACCCCAGCAUUUAUGCUCUGUUUACUUCUUACUCGGGGAACCUAAUUAUCCAGAGAAUAAAACUUGCCAGGUAGUUUGGGUUGUUUUCCUGGUAUAGAAAUUUGAAGUUAAAUCAGAGGACAGAAAGCUUCCUGGUUAUUUAGCAUUAGCUUCUGCUAACUCUGUGGGAAGAGCAAAGUCUAGCGGUGUAGAUUAAGAGCACGGUGAGCCCUUUGGGAGGGGGAUGGGGUUGGAAGUGCAGACAGCCCGCUUUCAUCCGUGUUCCCUUUAUUGUUCAUCGUUUACAGCAAAGAACAGCAUACUGUGCUGCUCUUAAGAGAUGGCAAUAAAAAGACCUUAGAGCUUUUGGAGUUCUUCCACAUUGUCUACUCUGCCAGCCUCACUUGAGUCGUCUUGAUCCUUGAGAGCAACUGGUUGCUAGUGUGGACCAGAGUUGUGGAAUUUCCUAGAACCGUGGGAGGUCCUCCCACUGCAGGGCGAAGGUGCCACUUCCUCCAGAACUCUGCAUGAAACACCUAUUUUACGAAAGUUAGCCAUCCUAGUUUUUGCUGCUACUUCCCCAUCUUUUAAACCUCUUUAGUUUCCUUGCUAGAAUCCCACAAGCAGCAUGGGCCUGACAGUGCUCAGACAUACAGACUUUCCAAGAAAGGAGUUGACACUUUUCCUUUGAUUGUUUUGGAAAGUGUCCAGGAAGAACUGUCAUUCCUCCAUGCCCCCCCCCCCCCCCCCCCCCCCCGUGGCUCUGUUUUGUGUUUUAUUUAGUAUUUCCCACCUUCUAACUUGCAAUGUCAUUUCCUUAUUUAUUUUGUUUAUUGCCUUUUAGCCUAUGAUGUCUAGAGUGUUAAAUACAAUGAAGACAGGGAUUUUGUACGUUUUUGAUCCAUGCCACAUAUUCCCAGCACCUAACCUAAUGCCUGGCAUAUAGCAAGCAAGGGCUUAGUAAAUACAAGUUCAAUAAACUCAGUCUCCUCUGUA